GAGAGAUGUGAGUGUGGUGUCUGUGUGUAGAAAAAAGUGCACUGACAGUCCGUGAACCCACCUGAUUCCACACGCUCAGACGAGAGAGAGAGAGAGAGAGAGAGAGAGAGAAAUAAAAUAAAAUAAAAUGAAAGGAAGGGAAGGAGGAUUAGGAUUGAGGAACGUAUACACAGGUACCAGAUCCAUGUGCACACAUGCCAUUGCUGCUGAUGCUGAUGAUGAUGAUGAUGGUGAUGGUGAUGAUUUGAUCAAGGAAUAAGAAGAGAAAUUAAGGGUUGCUGAAAACCCUUAUAGGCAGUCUACUCUCUGCCUCCCUCUCCCUCCCACAAUCCAUCCAUCCAUCCAUCCACAAUACCCUUUUCCUUUUGAUUUAUCUACUCUACGCUAGCGAGAGAGAGCGAGAUGGAGGGGGGGAAUGAUGGGUUUGUGAGGGCGGAUCAGAUCGAUCUCAAGAGCUUGGACGAGCAGUUGCAGCGGCAUCUCAGCCAAGCAUGGACCGUGGAGAAGAUGAAGACCAAGGAUCCACUACUACUCCUCCAUCAAAGCCAAACCCAACAACCGCCGCCGCCGCCUCAACCACCCCAAAUCACUACUAGACAAGACUGGGAGAUCGAUCCCUCCAAGCUCCUCAUCAAGUCCGUCAUCGCCCGCGGCACCUUCGGCACCGUCCACCGCGGCAUCUACGACGGCCUAGACGUUGCAGUUAAGCUUCUAGACUGGGGGGAAGAGGGCCACAGGACAGAGGCAGAAAUAGCAUCGCUUAGAGCAGCUUUUACGCAAGAAGUUGUUGUGUGGCACAAGCUUGAUCAUCCUAAUGUUACCAAGUUCAUAGGGGCCACAAUGGGCACGUCGGCGCUAAACGUACAGACAGACACCGGCCACAUUGACAUGCCCAAAAAUGUCUGUUGUGUUGUUGUUGAAUAUCUUCCUGGGGGUGCACUGAAAUCUUUCCUUAUCAAGAACAGAAGAAAAAAGCUAGCUUUUAAAGUAGUCGUCCAACUAGCACUGGAUCUUGCAAGAGGGUUGAGCUAUCUGCAGUCUAAGAAGAUUGUCCACAGGGAUGUGAAGACAGAGAACAUGCUUCUCGACAAGUCACGUACAGUUAAAAUAGCUGACUUUGGGGUUGCUCGCGUCGAGGCUUCAAAUCCCAAUGACAUGACUGGUGAAACUGGAACACUUGGUUACAUGGCACCUGAGGUUUUAAAUGGGAACCCAUAUAACAGGAAAUGCGAUGUAUACAGUUUCGGUAUUUGCCUAUGGGAGAUAUACUGCUGCGACAUGCCAUAUCCUGAUCUCAGCUUCGCAGAAGUGACAUCAGCUGUUGUUCACCAGAAUCUGAGGCCAGAGAUACCCCGGUGUUGCCCAAGCUCUCUUGCAAAUGUAAUGAAGAGAUGCUGGGAUGCUAACCCUGACAAGCGGCCAGAGAUGGACGAGGUCGUCUCAAUGCUGGAGGCCAUAGACACAUCAAAGGGUGGAGGGAUGAUCCCGCUCGAUCAGCCUCAGGGUUGUUUCUGUUUUCGCAGGUACCGAGGGCCUUAGAGUUUGUUUCUUUCUCAAGGCUGAGAGCAGCAAUUAGAAUGCAGGUACAAAAUUUAGUUUAACUUCAGACAAGGUAAUUGGGAUCCAUAGCCCGGAGGGGUUGGAACUGUUAAGGUAGUCAGAGUUGAAGAGCAUUUGACCUUGUGAAUUAUGAUAGGCUGCUGGCUUGGUAACAGUUAAAUAGUUACUGCCAUCAUUUGUGUAAUAUAUAAAUGCAUUAUUUACCGUAUUCCUAUUAAUUUUGUUUGCCCGCUGGAAAUGUGGCAAUUAUUUUCC